AUGUUACACAUAAACAACUACAAACAUCAACAAGGUUCAACGACUGAAACACCGACGGCAAGUAACAAAACUGCAGCGGAAGAAACAGCCGUAUCAAACACGGUGACCGCCCACGCCUUUGAGUCUGGUGAACAAGUAUUGCUAGCUACAGUAGUAGCUCUAGCUGUGAGUCCCUACACAAAAACGACAACAUGCCGAGCUUUAUUAGACUCCGGGUCACAGAAAAACUUCAUUACAGAAGAGAUGGUACAGACAUUACGUUUAAAAAAGAUUAAAAUUAAACACGUAAUUAGCGGUAUCGGGGAAAUAGUACAACAUGCGUCGUCGUCGGUAUGGCUAAAAAUAAAAUCCCGCGUAAGCGACUACUCUGUGUAUUUACCGAUGAUAGUGGUACCAAAGAUUACGGGUCAAUUACCUCCACAAAACAUAAAAACAAUAUGUAAUACUCCCGAUAAUAUUGAAUUGGCCGAUCCACAGUUUAAUACGCCCCAAAAAGUUGACAUAUUAUUAGGCGCAACACAUUUUUAUGAAUUUCUAUGCGACGGACAAAUACGCCCUUCGACAAACGGGCCGCUGUUCCAAGAAACAGUAUUUGGAUGGGUAGCUGCUGGAUCAAUAUCGGAAAAUAGUUUAUCAAAAAUGUACACAUCGAACGCACUUUUUAGCACAGCCGAUAGUGAGCCUACAUUAGAGAACGUAUUACAACGAUUUUGGUCGAUAGAAGACGUAAGCGACCCAACACCUUAUACAAUCGAGGAACGUACUUGUCAAGAACAGUUUAAAAAUACCGUUAGUAGAAAUGACGAAGGACGUUUUGUCGUACACCUACCGUUUCGGGACGAUGCAACAAAACUGGGAAAAUCGUACGAAAUUGCUAAACGGCGUUUUUUAGCGAUAGAACGUAAAUUCCAGAAAGACAAGAAAUUGAAGGAAGAAUAUUUUUCUUUUAUGAAAGAGUAUGAGUCAUUAAAUCAUAUGGAAAGGUUAGAUAAUAAUGAAUCCGAAAACGCAGAUCAAACGUGUUAUUUGCCUCACCACGCCGUAAGGAAGGACAGUAGCACGUCUACAAAAUUGCGAGUGGUGUUCGACGCCUCUUGCAAAACAGACAAUGGUAUCAGUCUUAAUGAUGUGUUAUUAAAGGGCCCCGUUAUCCAAGACGAGUUAUUAUAUAUUAUUUCGAGAUUCCGUACUCAUAACUAUGUUCUAACGGCCGAUAUAGUUAAGAUGUAUCGGCAAAUAUUAAUGACUAAUAAACAUCGCGAUUAUCAAAGGAUAUUAUGGCGCACCGAUCCUAAUCAACCCAUACAAAUAUAUCGCCUAAACACAGUCACAUACGGAACGGUACCCGCAUCAUAUUUAGCCACAGGUUGUUUACAUGAGUUGGCCGAAACGGUACGCGAACAAUUUCCAUACAUUGCACCCAUUAUCAACCGCGAUUUUUACAUGGACGACCUAUUGACCGGAGCCGACACGGAACAGGAAGUGAUUAAAAUACGCGACGGCUUGAUCACAGUUAUGAGUAGUGCCGGUCUAACGUUACGAAAAUGGUCAUCCAACGACACAAAUUUAAUCAAUUCAUUAAGUUUAUUUUGGGAUGCUACGACGGAUAAAUUAAAAUAUAAUGUGCGCGAAAGCAAAAAGAUAGAGGGGAUGCCCGUUACUAAACGUGAAAUGUUGUCCGAUAUAGCCGCGAUUUUCGACCCGUUGGGUUUAGUCGGUCCGUUGAUAGUGCGAGCAAAAAUAAUAUUACAAUCGUUAUGGCAUGAGAAGAUUGAUUGGGACGAACCCGUUUCCGCGAAUAUACGAGAACAAUGGUUUGAGUAUCGAACGCAAUUAUCCGCGGUAAACAGUUUAUCGAUAUCACGAAAGAUUACGAACAAUUUAAAACCAUGUGUUAUUGAGGUCCAUGGAUUUUCGGACGCUAGCACAUCAGCGUAUGGAGGCUGUUUAUAUUUAAGAUGUACCGAUGAGGCGGGUAUUCAUCAUACUAAUCUAAUAUGCGCAAAAUCCAAGGUAUCGCCUUUGAAAACAUUAUCAUUACCGAGACUAGAACUUUGUGCAGCGCUAUUGUUAACUCGCUUAGCGAAUAAAUUAAUACCGAAGUUACAAUUAAACAUUAAUCAGCAGUAUUUUUGGACCGAUUCAAAAAUAGUAUUAGCAUGGAUUGCCUCAUCUUCGACGAAAUGGAGAACGUUUGUUGCACAUCGAGUAUCUGAAAUCCAAAAUAAAACAACAAUGAGCGAAUGGAGGCACGUCAGUACAUACGAUAACCCGGCUGACGUAAUAUCGAGAGGUUGCUGUCCGUCUAAAUUAAUUAACUUAGAUUUAUGGUGGUCGGGUCCUAAAGGUUGCCAUACACUUAACGGUCUACCGAGAGGUAUACUGCGCAGGCAUGCCUGUGGAGGUAUAACGGAGCGUGUGGAAUAG